GUACAAAUUCAGGCAAAAUUUCAUGGACUUCGUAUAUUAAAUAUUUAGUGAAAACUGUAUUCAUUCUUUCCAAAUCUAAUUUUAAAACCUUAAGUAAGUUUCAUGAGACUAGAAAGGAGAAGUUCAUGAAGUAAAACAAAAAAUGUCGACAAAUUAAAUUGAUGUCAAAGUCAAAAAACAAUAUGGCGGCGAACAACUCAAUCGUAGGGAUGCUCCUAGAAGCAACAAAUUUCGCUUGUAUUAAACACGAACAUCAACGUCGAAACAAUCCACAGCAGACGCCAUACAUUAAUCAUCCCAUAGGCGUUGCUUAUAUUCUCUGGAAAGAAGGUGAUGUUACAGACAUUGCUGUUUUACAGGCUGCAAUAUUACACGACACUGUCGAAGAUACGGACACAACAUUUGAGGAAAUUGAAAGAAUAUUUGGAACUGAAGUGAUGAAUCUUGUCAAGGAAGUCACCGACGACAAAUCUUUACCGAAACAGGAACGAAAACGCCUUCAAGUUGAGCAUGCUUCUGCAAGCAGUUCAAAAGCAAAGUUAGUGAAGCUGGCAGAUAAAUUGUACAAUCUCAGAGAUCUAGAGAAAGCGACGCCAAUAGAAUGGACAGAACAGCGAGUCCAAGAAUAUUUUCAUUGGUCAAGAAGAGUCUUUCAAGGUUUAAAGGGAACCAAUCAAAAAUUAGACCAGGAACUAGAGCGUAUACUAAAUAGACAUUCAGCUUGAGAGUGGAAAUGUUCGCAGGUCUAGUUAAAAAAAAAAGUGAAAUUCCUGUCCUAUUUUUAACACAUUAGUGUCUGAUUUACAAAUAACGAAAAUGUUAAAAGCAUUAAUGCGAAAUUAAAAUUUAAAAGGCGUGUUUAAAACGUAAAAAUACCUCCGUAGAAAUACAUCCAUGAAUUCCCUGUUUAAUUUACUUCAAUCGACAUUUAUAUUAAAAGAGGAUAUCCAAAUUAAUUUCAGCAUUGUGUACAUCACCAAAUGGUAUGUUUCCGUCAUUUUUAACAAAACGCAUUUUCAAGCUUGAUGUGCUCUUACUUACUGCUCCGUCAUUUUGCCACCAGCUCUACGGGCUUCUACUUUGGCAAUAAACUCUGCCUGGAUUGCUGAUGAUUCUGUUUGUGCAACUGUAUUAGCAAAUUGAGGAGUGGAAAACGCUAUUAUUCCUCCAGUAAAAUCUUUGUUGCUACU